AUGGUUUCAGGGCGCACUCUACGGUGGUCUCUGUCCCUUUCAGCACAUGAUUACCAAUUCAAGUACAAACCAGGGACCCAGGUAGCCCAUGCUGAUGCCCUCAGUCGCCUUCCUUUACCAGAUGCUCCAACAACUGUUCCCAUGCCUGCAGGUACUGUACAUCUCAAAAAAGAAAAGAAGAAAAAUCGCCAGUCUCCCUGGAUCUCAGCUGAGUUAAUUAAGCUAGUACGGAAAAAGAAGCGUUUGUACAAGAAAGCCAAGAUCAGUAAUCAUGAUAAAUCGUGGUCAACUUACAACAAGGAAAGUAAUUUGUGGAAUAAAGAAUGCAACAAGGCACGCUGGGAGUACCCUGAUAAAUUGGCUGACGAUAUGCACAACAAUAACGAACGCAAACUUUUUUGGAAUUACGUGCAGUCUAGGCGCAAAGGAUCAUAUGAUCUAAUUGCUAUAAAGCUAGACAAUGGCAAUCUGCUAACAAACGAAGGUGACAUUGCUGAGAGCAUGAAUGAAAAUUUUUCUUAUGCUUUUACAGCCGAAAACCUUGAAAACUUUCCAUCAUUUGACCAAGUUAUCAAAGACAAGGAUCUUAGUCUUCUACACUGUUCACCUAACGAUGUUAGUAAGAUUUUAAGUGAGUUGAAACCUCGUAAAUCUCCUGGUCCAAACAGCAUACAUCCCAUGAUCUUAAGGAAAUGCGCUGGACUCCUAGCUUCCUCGUUAAGUGAUGUUUUUAAUGUGUCUUUUACAUCGGGCAUGUUACCACACAAUUGGAAAUUGGCUGACAUCACUCCUUUGCAUAAAAAAGUCGCUAAAACUAUCGUCCAGUCUCACUGA